UGCAGUGUACAUUGUUCAAAGUACCUAUGUGCAAUUUUAAAAUUGUCCGAGUGAUAGUUGCGUCUACAAUCUGAUUGCGUACCAAAUUAAUGAUUUAAACUGUGAUCCUUUUAAUUCGUACAAGUAUAUAUCAAUUGAAUUGUGUUUUACUAAGUAUUAUUUAAAAAUGUAGUGCGAUGACCCAUUGUUUCUCAUGAUUGUGAAAAUGAAGUGUUUGUACAACGAUGAUCUGAAAGAAACAUCGUCUUUUAUAAAAAAGAAAAAUACAUAAGCAUUGAAUGAAGAUGGAUGAUGAAGAGGCAGAUUUACGGGAACAGAUUUUUCAUAAUAAUGUUAGAGAACAAAUUAUUUUCUUGUUAUUAUUUAUAUUGCUGUAUCUGAUCUCGUUCACGUUGAUUGAGAAGUUUCGGAGACGAGACAGCGAAGACUAUUUUACAGCAGACGAAGAUGAAGUCAAAGUGUACAGGAUCAGCUUGUGGCUCUGCACAUUUGCCUUGGCAGUGUCCCUGGGCUCUGCACUCCUGCUGCCCGUUUCGAUUGUCAGCAAUGAAGUGCUCAUACUGUACCCAAACAGUUAUUAUGUAAAAUGGCUUAAUAGCUCUCUGAUACAAGGUCUAUGGAAUCACGUAUUUUUAUUUUCAAAUCUGUCAUUGUUUGUUUUCCUACCGUUUGCCUAUUUAUUUUCGGAGUCGUCCGGAUUUCCUGGAUGCCGCGGUCUGAAGGGUCGAGUCUACGAAACUUUUAUUGUGCUAGCAUUGCUCGGCAUCGCUAUGCUCGGCUUGGCUUAUGUCAUAUCGGCUUGGAUAGAAGGAGAUCGUUCUGGUGUGGACGCAUUAUUGAAUCUAUGGACUUAUCUACCGUUCCUCUACUCCUGCGUGUCUUUUGUCGGCGUUUUAAUGUUACUAGUUUUCACGCCGCUUGGCUUCGUGCGUCUGUUCGGAGUUGUCGGCGGAGUUCUCGUGAAGCCGCAGUUCCUCAGAGAUCUCAACGAGGAGUAUUACAUGUAUUCGUUCGAAGAAGAGACAAUCCGACGGCGAAUCGACAAUGCCGUCGCAACUGGUGUGUGUUACAUUUCCCCUGAGCCGAUGUACUCUGAUAAGGGAGAUUUCUCAGAGCCCCUGGACUUAGAUGUUUCAAUGUGCAAAGAAAAGAAGAAUGCCGCGUCGCCUGGAAUCGAUAAGGUUCCAUUAUUGAGACUGAGAAAUGGCGCUCUUCAGGCGGGGCUCAAUGAGAGACUUCAGAAAAUUGUCGCUAUGAGAAAGGAAGUUGAGAAUCAGCGCAAGACGUCAUCCCUACAGCGAAACGUCGUGUACCCGCUGGCGAUGCUGCUCCUCCUCGGACUGACCACCAUCACCGUGCUCAUGGUGCUGCAGAACACCCUCGAGCUACUCAUCGGGAUCAAAGCGGUGCCGCUUAGCACGCGGCAAUUUACACUGGGCAUAACGUCGUUGUCGAAGAUGGGCUGGGCCGGCGCCACCCUCGAGGCGUUUCUGAUCCUAUACCUGCACGCGGCGUCGCUCACGGGGCUGAGCGCGCCGCUGCGGGCGCUGCGCGUACUGCCCCGCGCGCGCCGCACGCCGCUGCCGCGCAUCAUCGCGCUCGCCGCCGUCAUGCUGGCGCACUCCACCGCGCAACCGCUGCUCGUCAAGAUAUUAGGUAUAACGAAUUUCGAUUUGCUCGGCGAGUUCGGGCGCAUCGAGUGGCUGGGCAACUUCAGGCUGGUGUUGCUGUACAACGCCAUAUUCGCGGCCACGGUCACGCUGUGUUUGGUCAGCAAGUUCACGGCGAGCGUGCGCCGCGAACUGUACAACAGGUUGGUGGAGAAUGUGAACAUCGUGGCGCACUGUGUCUCUUUCCUCAACAAUUGAAUACGUCGUGUUUGCGAUGAUCUCAAAUUGUCUACAACUGUGCGCUUUGUGCGAGUUUUUAAAACGUUCUCGAUCGCGUAAAAGUUAACUCUUAAUUUGUAUGGAGUUGGAACGUUUGCCUGCGUUUGCCGCUAGGGGCGCUGUUCCAACUCCAUACAAAUUUGAGUUAACUUUUACGCCGUUAAAAACUCGCACCAAGCACACUGUUUAAGGUGCGGACUCUGCUUUAUGUCACAGCUUUCAAAUGUACUAUAAAAACUCAACUUUCAUGGUGUUCUAUAUGGUUUAUGAUCGUCAAGCUAGUAAGGACAUAUCGCAUGAGUCCACGCCUUAAAUACGUACACAAAAAUAUUCGGUUGGACAUGUGUUAGGAGCGGACCUCGUGAGUUUACUAAGCGGAACGAAUAUUCAAUAUUGUGAGAAAUUUUGAUAAAGCCUAGUGUAAUUGAGUGAAUUUUUUUUUAGUAUUUGUCGUAGUUUGAAGUUAAGGGACUGAAUUGUUUGAAUACAUUUUUGCAUAGCCCCAAAACUUACCUUCGAAUUUUAAUAUCCAUGAUGAACUGAAUUUUAAAAUAGGACUAAGGAUGG